UACCAAACUUCAUAAAUUUGGAUCAUAAUUGAAUGGCGAUGGGGUAACAUUUUGAACGGUCUACACAAGAACAUCAUCACAAUCCGUAUCCUCGACAAAAUACAAAACUGAAAUGACAUUAAAACAAGAGACCCAAAAUGUAGGAUUCCCAAAUCCACCGCACUCCACAUUCUCUUCUUCUUCCUCCUCUUCUUCUCCUUCCGCUUCUUCUUCGUCUGUUGGGACCCCAUAUGGGGUUUUCACAUUAACCUUCUACCACACAUCUCUUGGCAUUUGGCACCAUUUCAGCCGUUGGAUCAAACAAAACUGUCAGUAUUCUUCGCCGUUUACUGCACAACAAUCCACUUUCUUUUCCCCCCUUUUCUGUAGUGAAUGCUGAAAAAGGGAUGCUGUUUCUUCUUCUUCGGUAAUUUUCCUUUAAGAUCAACCCCAAUUUCAACGCUUCACUACAGGAGGAUUCACUGUUUACUCCUUUUUUGAGGGUCAAAAGGUGUUGUUUUGUGCAAUGAAGAAAAUGGAUAGCAGGUAGAAGAGCAGAUACUGUUCUAUUUUUCAGUCUGAUGGAGUGGAAUAUGUAUCCUUGGAGUCAUGGAUCACUUCCUUGACAUUUUGAAUUUUCUAGGAUUAAUUCAAAGAGUCACAGUUUUUCAAGGCAAUGGUUGUUCAUUAUGGAGAAAACGGAAAUCAAUGGUGGAAAUCCUAAUUUGAAUGGAAAUGGGAACCAUUCUUCAGGUGAUUCAAAGGUUGCCUUAAAUGGAAAGUCUAAUGAGAUGCCUACAUUCAUCAACCACGAUUUACAAACAAAAUAUCGUCGUAAAUGUCGUGUUGGUGCAUCAUUUUCUUACAGCUGAGAUAGCUUGGCAUGAAAGAAGAAAGGAAUGGGUUGGCGACCGUUCUGAAAAUGUGCAACGAGAACCAAAGGAACCAAUCUUAAGCUGGACAAUGACAUAUGAAGAUCUUCUAACUGCAGAGCCUUUUCAGCAGCCUAUUCCUUUAGCUGAAAUGGUGGACUUCUUGGUUGAUAUCUGGCAUGAAGAUGGCCUCUAUGAUUAGGCAUUCUCAUAUAUCAGAAUUGCAUUUUUCUUCUUUUUUUGCCCCUUUUUUCCAAGGCUUCUAUUCAUUUUUGCUACCUUCGAACAAAUUGAUGAUCAAAAUAGAUGGUUCUCUUGUACUCUACAUACUGAUUUGUAAUCAACAAAGUAAAGAUUAUGGUUUUUUCCCCUUUUUCAUGGUAA